AUCUGAGAAAGGACCGACAAUGGGGCCAGAAAGAAUCUCUACAGUUUGGAAGAGAAAAUAACUGCGUGUCGUGAAGAGUAACUUCAUAUAAAAUAAAAUAAUUGUGGGUUUUUUAACUUCCAUCACUGUCAGAUACCCGCCUGCCCUACAAUAUAGCGUGGACAUCUGUUACACUGUGGUCCAAAAUUCUUGGUUAGGGGUAAAAAAAACAAGUAUAUAUUGAUUGGAAAAUUGAUUAGACAUUGUAUAGAUGUUAACUCUUUUGUGAAAUUGUUAUCGCCAUUGCUAUAUGUAGCUGUGGGUUGUUGAUGGUCCAGUAUGCCCACCCACUUCACAUCCAUAACCCCUCUUCCUGCACUUUAUCCUCCUUACUUUAAGCCUUGUACGCUAAUGCUAUUGCUUUUCAUUCUUUUGGGAUUCAAAUUCUUUUUCUUGUUUCCCCUAUAGAUAUAGGUUUUCUCAGAGUUGAUUCUUGGGAUGACUAGAGUUGAUCUGCUUCUGCUGCCUGUUUUCUGUGUUCCUUAAUUUACACGACACUGCCAAGAGAAUUGAGUGUUAAGUGGGACUCCUUUUAUUGGCUUAUAAAAAGGGUUAACAAAUUUGACUAAGAAGUUGCGUUAUCCAUCUGUCAAUCAUAUACCCAUAAAUUUGUUUUCCAGUGUUUGUGAUCUGUGGAUUAGUCGGUCAAUAUUGAGCAUUGGUUUUGGAAGAGCAGAGGCAUGUCGUGGCAUUAGUAGAUUUGGUUGUUUUUUAGGCUGUAGUCUCAAGGACUGAAAAGGGCAAGCACCCACUUCAGAAAGGUGUCCUAGUUGUUUCUUCUUCUGAUUUUGCCAGCGGAGAUUGUGAUUGGGUUUAGAUUGUUCUGAGAGAAUCCCAUUUUGUAAGUGUACCCUCUUAAUCUGAACUUCACUAAAUGCUUCUGUACAAUGCUGCCUUUAAGCAUUAAAUGAUUCAGCUUUUUAGUAUAAAUCAGAUACCCACUAUUAAAAACAAAAAAAAUUGAUUCAAAGAGAAUUUAGAUGACUUGGGAUUGAGGUAUACUUCCGUCAUAAUAAGGUGCUUGUAAUGUUUGGAUCUCUUGAUAGAACCAGGAUUUACUUUCUGCGAUCUCUUAGCUGUUCAGAGUUGAUAUCUUGAGAAUAAUAUGCCAUUGAAAAUGCAGGAGCAGACCUUUAUUGACUCAGCCAAUUGGAAGGAAUCUAGCACCAUGUAUGAUAAUAACUAUGUUGAACCUCAGCCUGGGUACACUGGGCUACCAGUAGAACAAGUUAGCUCUGGGAUAAUGGGACUGGAAGAGAAUUUGCAGAAAGCUUCUGUGAGACUGCCAAACUUUUCCCUGGGAGAGGUUACUCACAACAAUUUCUCAGAUGAAGUUGGAAUUGCAAGCGACAUUCAACAGCAGCUCAACUUUGAAUCAGAGCAAGAGUAUCACAGUCAGAUGAUCCGGGAUGUUCUUCAGCAGCAAUAUGAUGUGUGUCCAGGGCAAAACUCUAGUGCUAGUGUCGCUACAGUGGCCAGUUCAUGGGAAGUUAAUUUUCAUGAAAUGCAAGAAUUAUCACUUUUCAACCAGCAACAGCAGCAGAAUUUCCUUGAUCAAUCACAUCAUAUCUCAUCCUAUGCUGUUGCUAACAACACCCACUGCACUAAUGCCACCUCCACGGCUUAUCCUCCUCCCCCAGAACUUCUCAACUUGUUACAAAUCCCCAGAUGUUCGGUGGGCACCACCACCAUUUCCUUUGGUUCCAAAAAACCCAGCCUGGAUAUAUUUCCGAUUCUCAGUGGUGAAAUGGUUGAUCAGAAUUCCAGAAUGUAUGAUCCCCAUCUCUCUUUUCCACCACACUCACCAUGUUUAAGGGACAUGUUGCACACACUUCCUCACAACUUUCAACUUAACCCUCCCAAACCAUAUCUGGGUCUUGAUGAAAAGGAAGCAGCCCUACAAGAAGCAGAAGCUGGAAGACAGUUUACUAAUUCUAUUCUUGAACUGAAACGUGACAUGUCUCUAUCCAAAGGGGAGGCCCGUGGAAGCAACCAUUUUGCUACUGAAAGACAGAGGAGAGAGUACUUAAAUGAAAAAUAUCAAAGCCUGCGGACUCUGGUUCCCAAUCCCACCAAGGCUGACAGAGCUUCCAUAGUCGGAGAUGCUAUAGAAUACAUAAAAGAGUUGCUGCGUACAGUAGAAGAGAUGAAAAUAUUGGUAGAAGAGAAGAAGUGUGGAAGCGGGCGAAGUAAAAGAUACAGGGUUAGUAAUGACCAUGAAGCACUGGAAAGUUGUUCAAAAGCAGCUGUACCUGCUUUACACUGUGAGAAAGAUCAAAAAAUUUUGUCAAAUGGGUCGCUGAGAAGCACAUGGCUAAAAAGAAUCUCAAAAGAUGGAACCCAUGUUGAUGUUCGCAUUGUUGAUAAUGAGGUAAAUAUCAAGCUCAUUCAAAGGAAACGCCGCAGUUGUCUUCUGUGUGUCUCUCUCAUUCUCCAUGAACUGCACCUUGAAAUCCUUCAUGCAAAUGGUGCUAAUAUUGGGGAGCAUUAUAUCUUCAUGUUCAAUACAAAGAUUUAUGAAGGCUCAUGUGAACAUGCAGGUUCCAUUGCUACAAAAUUGAUGGAAGCUGUAGAUCGUCAAACAAGCUACAUUUCUAAUUUUUGAAGUAUUAUAUAUUUACGCCUUGAAUGUUUGACUGACAGUCAAAAAGUUUUGUAGCAAUGACACAUGAGAACAAUUAGAUGGUGGUCAUAUGGUACUCUAGGUACAAAUAACCAUUGCCCUCCUGUUCCAUAAGCUCUUAGAAAUUCUGUUGCAGUUUAUUCUUCACUAUCUAUCAACAUAUAUUGCUUAUAAUUUUCCACGUACAACUACUGUGAGAAUGUUUUCAGUAAGAUAUUCAGAUAAUUGUAGCCAAGGCAGGCUCGUAAUCAGUAUGAGUGCAAUCUCAAAUGCACUAUUUCUAGUAAUCUUUUUCAAGAUUUCUGUGUCA